AUGGACCUAUUACAACAACCGCAAAAGCGAAAUUUUAAUAUUAUACCUUAUAAUAGUUCUCAAGAUGUUGUAUUAUUUUUCAUAGCUGCAGCGUAUGCUGCCCCACAAUAUAGCUAUGAUCCAAAUACUGAUGAACAAGUUGCAUCAGCACAACCAACUGGUAGCCUACACACACCCCCAGCAAUUUGGAAUAAACAAUAUUUUAUUCAUUCUGCACCUGAUGAUUCAUUGGAUACUGACGGUUUAAGUAGUAGUCAACAGCCAAGUAGAAGAAAUUUAAGAAUUGUUAUCGUUAAAGCACCAGAGAACAAAGGAUUAGAAAAUGCGGCAUUACAGUUGGCCAAAUCUGCCAGCGAUGACAGAACUGCUAUUUAUGUUCUCAAUAAACAAACUGAUUUGGCUGAACUUCAAAAUAAAUUAUCACAACUUACUGACCAAAAUGCUCACAAACCAGAAGUACACUUUGUCAAAUACAAAACACCAGAAGAAGCAGAACAUGCUCAACGUGCAAUUCAAAAUCAAUAUGAAUUAUUACAAGGCCCUUCGUCAGUAUCGCACGAAGGAAUUGCACCAGUCAGUAGCGUUAUUGGUGCAUUGGGACGAUCGAAUUCAAAUGGUUAUUUACCACCAGUUUCGUUCAGAUUCUAG